AAUCAAUAACAAAUAUCAAAUAUUCCAACCCGUCCUCGCCAUAUAUUCUCCUUCUCUCACGUUUCUCCGAUCUUUGCGGAUCCCUAUUCGUCCUCACAAAAAAUCUUUUUAUUUUCCAGAAAAGUAAUCGAAUCUAGGAAGGGAUUGCACUAAUUUCAGUAGAAAAUAUGCAUUCGAUGAGCUUAAAGUUGUUUGUGGAUUUUAAUGAUGUCAAAUCGAGGCAUACGACGCCAGGUCAGGUUAGUUUUGGUGCCGGAGAAUCUCCGGUUAGGUUGAGUUUUGGAGAUCAAGGGAGGAGGAGUUGUAGAAUUAUUGCGCAUGCUUCGGAGAGAGAUGGUGGUGCUGGUGCCGGAGCUGAGGCUGGUGGAGCAGAGAGUCAGAGUCAGCAGAAUAAGAGUUCGUUUUUCGCACGGAGUCAAACCUAUGCUUUGAUGAAACAGCAAAUGGAACUUGCCGCCAAGUCUGAGAAUUUCGAAGAGGCUGCUAGGCUUCGUGAUUCUUUGAAAUCAUUCGAAGAGGAGGAACCAGUUCUACGUCUACGAGGUUUGAUGAGAGAAGCCAUUGCAAACGAGAAAUUCGAGGAUGCAGCAAGAUAUCGUGAUCAGAUCAAAGAAAUUGCUCCUCACUAUCUAUUGAAAUGUUCAAGUGAUGCUACAACUUUGGGGAUUAGGGUUCAAGUUAGGAGUGUGUACAUUGAAGGGCGCAGCCAACCUUUGAGAGGCCAAUACUUUUUUGCUUACAGAAUAAGAAUUACUAAUAAUUCAAAUCGUCCUGUUCAACUUCUCAAAAGGCACUGGAUAAUUACCAAUGCUAAUGAGAAAUCUGAGGAUGUUUGGGGUAUUGGAGUUAUUGGUGAACAGCCAGUUAUUCUUCCUAAUAAUAGUUUUGAAUAUUCAUCAGCAUGUCCUUUAACUACUCCUAGUGGGAGAAUGGAAGGGGACUUUGAAAUGAAGCAUAUUGAUAAAGUAGGGUCAAAGACAUUCAAUGUGGCUGUUGCCCCUUUUGCUCUUUCAACGUUUGGUGAUGCUACUGAUAGUAUUUGAGGUAGUAAAUAGCUUAAUAUCAUAUUCUACUCUUCUUAUAUUCUUGUAGAAGGUAGUAAAUAUCUGGCAAAUGUUGGAUAUAAGAUUUUUGUUUAAAGAACUCAACUCUAGAGCUACUUGUAUAGAUUUUCAGAUUUUGGGAGUUUGAAAUUCGAAAAUUGUGUAUUCUUGUAAUCACGAAUCACAGGCAAAAACAUUAAAAUUGAUGUUUGUUGUGAUGAUA